UGACUGGAGGUGGUACGGAUUGGCGCGUCAGGCGAAGGAGGGAAGUGGGAGCUGCGCGAGCGGUGUGUUGGCUCUGCGUGCGUCGGUCGGGAGACGGGGCCGUGAGGGCGCCUGGCCUUUCUCUUCCCACUCGUGCGGAGGAUUUUGGGCUGACCUCCGGCUCUCCUACGGCAUCGAGUGGGAGCGCCACUUUUGAGAAAGGCGCCUGCCGGUCCGGUCGGGGAGGAAGAACCGAAAGAUUGUAAAAAAAGAAAACAGGAGCCAUGCUUUUUCGAAGACCUGUGUUACAGGUGCUUCGUCAAUUUGUAAGACAUGAGUCUGAAGUGGCCAGCAGUUUAGUUCUUGAAAGAUCACUGAAUCGUGUGCAGUUGCUUGGGCGAGUGGGUCAGGACCCUGUCAUGAGACAGGUGGAAGGAAAAAAUCCAGUCACCAUAUUUUCUCUAGCAACAAAUGAGAUGUGGAAGUCAGGGGACAAUGAAACGUAUCAGAUUGGUGAUGUCAGUCAAAAGACAACAUGGCACCGAAUAUCAGUGUUUCGGCCAGGUCUUAGAGAUGUAGCAUAUCAGUAUGUGAAGAAGGGGUCUCGAGUUUUCGUGGAAGGAAAAGUAGAUUAUGGUGAAUACAUGGAUAAAAACAAUGUGAGGCGACAAGCAACAACAAUCAUAGCAGACAACAUUAUCUUUUUGAGUGACCAGACAAAAGAAAAGGAAUGAACAGACGAUUCUUGGGCCAUUGUUGGGUAUAGUCUCAUUUCUCAAUCAUGUAUAGUCUUUAUAGCUUUAAGGAUAAGAAUUAAAAUGGUAUUUUAUAAAAUGAUAAGUGUUUUCUGUCAUUCCCUCUCUUUAGGUGGCAUAUGCCUUGGUCGGUCGUGAAAGUUGUGGCAUUUACUAAUUGUUCAUUCUUUUAGUAAUGGUUUCUUUGUACAGGUGUACAAAAUAAUGAACUUUCAGGUUCACCCAUGUUAUAGCAAAGAGGGAAGUAGCUUGUGUUUUUUGUGUACACUUGUAUUUCGGUGUUGCUUCAGCCACUCAGUAUUAUUGAACAUUACUAUAUGUCAGCUAUUUAUCCUGUAGUUGUAAAUACAAAUUUUCUUAUGUUUGUUCUGCAGACUUGAAGGUAAGGGGUGAUUUCUCUGUGUACCUGCAUCUUAACCAGAGUGUGGUACAGAAGAACAUUGAAUAAGGUCAACAGGUGAAUGAUCCCCUGGGAUGUUGAGCUUUAGUCCAGAUUGAGGCAGACUGGUGAAUGGUGAUUAGUGUUUAGCCUAAAUUGCUUCAGGUCCAACCUGUGUUGUUCAUGGCUUCAUUUUUAGACAAUUUCCUCAGAGUAUUUAUGAGACACAGUUUAUAACUGUGAAGACCUGAGAUGUAACCAGAGAUGAGAUAAUUUGUCUAUAGAUGCUCUGCUUCCAUGAUUUUCUGUCUUUCCAAGCCCUCUUUACUAUCUUUUCAGGUUUUUUCCAGAACUCUCAGGGUGGGAAGAAGCCCCCAACCCCCGCUUUCUUAGUGCUGAGCAUGGACCCAGGGUCUUGGGUGUGCUAGGCCAACACUUUAUCACUGGGUUAUACCCCAACCCAAAGGUUCUCCUAGUACCUUUGAUAUUACUUCCUAGAGCCUCAGGUAUUGCAUUUUCCUUUUAUUUUUUGCUGUAGUACUAAUAAUUACUAAUAAAGAUUAUAUAAAUUCAGUUUAGUUUUAAGCGCAUUUGAUUUGUAAAAUUUGUGUUGAUCUUUCUCAGUUCUGUCCACAGUUUUUCAGAGGUCAGCUGGUGCUGAUCGAGUUGUAUUCAAAUGUUAGAAAUCCCUUGUUCUCUCUGUCCCACUCUGCACAGCUUACUCCAUCUGUGGGCUUGUUCCCCAGGCUGUGUAUUCUUUCCUCUCUGUCUUAAGAGUGUGUCAACUGUAGCUUAGGUCACGUUGGACUUACUUCCUGCACGCUUGGACAGCUCCUUGGUUGCAGUUUGGCUAGGGAAAGAUGGUGUGCCUUAACUUCAUCCUCUACUCACCCAAGAACAGGAGGAUUUAUUUGUCUUUCUGUAGUGUGAACCACUAAUCUGCAAGUAUAGUAUCUGCUUUUUAGGUUCCCAUGUUGAAUCUGUCUCCUGGGUAAUUUUAUUCUUGAAGCAAAAUUGUAAAGUAAAUAAAACUUGUUUUUUGAGUAGCUUGUGUGUCUUUCCUCAGCCAAACAGCUUUUAUGUUCUUAAAUUUUGUGAAAAAUUAUACAGAUCACCAUUCUUAUCUAAACAGGAUGAUAAAUCUGUCUGUGCUCUGGGAAAGUUACAGGAGCCUAAUUCCUGCCUAAAGACGUGUCUUGAGUCCAGUGAGCAGAAGUAGAACAGUGUGUCCUGUGGGUCAUUGCUGCGUGCGGUGAGGGCCCUUCUCCAGGCUGUCUCCCAGUGUUGACUCUCAUCUUGGCCUGACUGGCUUUGAGGCUGAGGCAGUAGCACUUUCCAUAUCAGGUUCAGUCUCUACCUAUGUCCCGAUUCUGGUAGACCCAGUGGCCCCAAACCACUCACAUUUUUUGGCACAAACACUAUGUGCUGCCUACCCUGCUAGCCCUAUCUACUUUCUCUUGCUCCUGAAGUAGUCCAGGCACAGAAUACAUUUAUGAAUAUGAUAGCAGUAGUAGACUGUGGGCUCUUCUGGACUAGGUUUUGGUCCUGCAUUUCCCUUGAUAUGGUCAUGCAGGAAUCUGCAAAAAACUGCCCCAUGACUUUGGUUUGGGGAUUGCAUGUUUUGGGGAAAAGAUGAGUGCUAUACACAGAACAGUGGGAGGAAAAGUGUGAAAUAGCAUGCACAGUGCUACCCCAAUUCUAAAGAAGUUAUAAUAAAAGAAGUUAUAAAUUAAACAUGCUUUAAAAGGUCUAGAAGUACACCAAAAUGUGAUUACCACUGGAUAGGGUAUUGUAUAUUUUUUUAUGCCUAUGUGUUCUUUUUUAUUUGUUUAUAACAUAAGUAUUUUUUUAGUUUUAUAAUUUAGAGGACUUAAUUUUGGGGAAAAAUUUUUCUGUGUUGAAACCAUGUAGACUCAACUAAACAUGCAGUCAGUACUGCUUCAUGUACUGGAACAAGAAAAUCAUUUGUGUUUUCCAACCAUGUGGAUUUUAGCAUUCAUAGUUAUAGCCUCUCUACAUUUUAAUAACAUCUACACACCCAAGAACUGACAGACUCACCGGUGUGGUAUCUGUUAUUUACUGUCAGUACAAUUCUCAGGCUAAUCUGUGUCUUAGAAAUCACCAGGUAAUUCAGAGACAUUCCAAAACACCAAGCAUGGUUUUAUGGCCCUGUUUGGGGAAUAGAUGUUCUUGUUUUGGGCACUUACUUGUUGAUAACUGGGUUACAGUCUUAAGCUUUUGUAGCUCAUGUAGAAAAUUUGAUCAAAGUUAUUCUUGAAGGCAGUGUGUUACCUUGGAUUCACGUUGCACUUUUGCUCCUAUCUUGCUUCACCUAGCAGAGUGACAUUGUAGGACUGUACAAGGUGUCUUUUGUCCAGUUGAAUUGUAUUGGAACACAGGCAGGAAAAUGAGGGCAGGAUUGUUUUACUUAUUUGCUUUUAGGAUUUGUAUUUCAUACUGUGGAAUUUGGUGGAAGUGGCAACAGGAAAAUCUUCGUAGAAAAUGAGCAGUAAUCCCCAAGGUUAAUAAUGAGCAAAUAAUAACAAUGUUAAUGGCUAGUAUUUCUUAUGUGCUUACUAUGUGUCAGGUACUAAGCUAAGCACUUUUUUAAAAUCAUUAUCUCGCUUAACUAUUAUCCUAAGAAGAAAGUACUGUUACCCUUGUUUUACACAUGAGAUCCAAAAAUUGGGAGAGAUUGGGUCAGAGAUAUAGCUCAGUGGCACAGCAUCUGCCUGGGAAGUGUGAGAUUCUAAGUUCCCAGUGCCCACCCAAAAAAGUUGCAGUCAAAAUCUGAAAGAGAUUAAGUAACUUGGCAAAGUUCUAGAGCUACUGAGCUGCCCAUCUGGAGCUUGUGGCUCAGUUGAGGGGGUGUUAUAUGCCUUCCUGCUCACUGCAUUUGAACUAUCCCCCCUUGAGGUUAGGAUUCUCAUUUUCUUCCUCUUGCCCCAGAGAGACAAUUGAAGUUUAAUAAAUAAUAGGUUUUGGUUGGGCAGAGAGGAGUGAAGGAAAAUUACCUCUCUACUUACAUUAUUUGUGAUUCUUAGUUUGAUAACCCUAUAUAGGAAAAUAAGUCACAGGUAAUUCUCUUAUCAGGCUACUAUUUUUU